ACCAAAAACUCCCUUCACUCAUUUCAUAAGUUGGACCACCAAAACAAGAAGAUAAUAAACAGUAAAGAAAUUGAAGGGUGUAAUACACACACAAUAUAAAAGGAAGAAAGAGGCGCAAACCUUAGAAACAAAUUCAAACUCACACAAACAACAAAGAUUGUGCAUGUUUGACAUGAGUCAAAGACUUUGAAGUUCCACAUCAUACUCACGACUCACUUUCCUCGUUCCUCUUCUUCUUUUGUCUUUCCCUCAACCACCACUGAUCAUAACAACACAAACAAACUGAAUGGAGAAAUCAAGAAUGUAACGUAACCCAACUUCGAUUUCUCCGAGAAAACCAAACACCUAUUUUGCAGAAAGCAAUGAAUCCUAGUAAAAUUGAAGCAGAUGAUCUAUUCCAUCAUCACUUAGACCCCCAUCAUCAAAUCUUGGAUCAAUCUCAACCGUCAAUUCUUCGUGACGAUGAAGAUGAACCGUUCUUUUCAGAUAUCGGGUUUUUCCGCGAUGACGAUGAAGAUGCUGCUAGCCAUAGCUCCUCCGAUCACCUAAUUCAAUCGUUACCCCAAUUAGACCAUCAAAACGACACCGUUUCUCUAAACCCUAACCCUAAUUUGAUUUUGGGAAACGAUAAAAACAAGGGGGAGAAACGCAAUCGGGGGUAUAUAAGCCCGGAAUCGCACAUUUCAUCUCAAUUCUACACAUUCAAUAAGGAAUCACAUGCCCUGAUGAUACGUGUCCUCCUCGAAAACCGUGUCGCCACGCCUGAUGAAAUCCGAUCCGUCACAUCAGCACCGGUGCUGCAGAGCUGGCGCGUCGUGUGGAAGGAUCGAAACGAGGAUACAGCGUACCUGACAGCCUGGAAAAGGAUCCAGGACAAGCUCGUGGCGAAUAUCGACCCGUUGAAUGGUAAUGAAUUACUCUGUUUCAAGAAUAAUAACAGUCAGUUUGUUUCCCAUUUUGAUCAAUGGCAUGAUAUAGUUACAACUUUUCAUUGUGAUGCGGAUUUAAAACAUUUGGGGUUGAAAGAAACUGUAGAGAGAAUUAAACAGGUUUGGACUGUAGGUGCUAAGUUUUAUGGAAUACCUGAGAGUUAUAUUAGGGUCUGUGUUGAAAAUUGCCCCGUGUGCUCUGAGUCUGCGCCACGUACUAAAAGGCGUAGGUUUGAGUAUACGGAGUCGUUUGAUGUACCCGCCAAGGAUGUGCCGCUCAGAUUACAGCAAUUAGCGACGAAGUAUAAAGUGGUGUUGUGUAUUAGACAGAAAUAUAUAAGGUAUAAGCCAUUUAUGGCUGAGGUUAAAGAUUACGCGUGUCAUCGAGCGGGAGAGCCUGUGUCCUCGAAGAAAUCGAAGAUAUUAAAGAGGGAGCCUUACGCGUCAAAAAGGUGUGGGUGUGGGUUUCGUAUAAGGGCGAUAGUUCCUAUAUCAAAUUAUAAUGAGAAGGAUAAGACAUUUGUCUAUCAGGAGGAAGGGACAGCAGUAUUUAAGUUAUACGCGGUGCACUCGGGGCAUGAACCUGGCCCUUUGGAUGGGAAUGCAAGAAUAAUGCAUCGAGUUGUUGGGCAUAAAGGAGGGUUUUUGAUGGAUCAGGAAACAGUGUAUGGGAUGGGCGAUGAAGCAGAAAAUGGAGAUUUUGGGUUCCUUGGGAAGGACGGUGGAGAUCUGCAACAUUCGAUUUUGCAGCAAAUUCAGGAAGCGAGGAAUGAGAUUGGCCUACUUGAGGGCCAGAUCGGGAAAGUUCCUCAGGAGUUAUUGUGCUCGGUGUCUCGUGAAUUGUUUGAUUUUGUGAAUAAGCUUAGGAAUGUGAGAGAAUAUGGAUCAAAGUCAGCUGGAUUGCUCUCAGAUAAGCCGAUCUCGGAUGAUCUACUGGUAGGGGAAAAUGAUUUGGCAGAUUGGGGUGCGCAUCAUCAUCGCAUUUUUGAGGACGGCAAGGAUGCAGAGCUCAUUGAUGAAGAUGAAGACAGCUUUGGGAGAACACUUGGGGAGGUUGCAUCUUGGGAUCAGAUAAGGUCAGAUUGUAGGAAUGAGAAGGAUCUGCUGGGUGAGUCUUGUAAAUCAGAGAAACCAUUGGAAUGCAAUGAAUUUGAUCAGAAGCGCAUUCUUGACUGUGGGAAUUCUAAACUGACCAAGCCCUUAAGGCAUGAUGACAGUAUAGAUACAGAUGUAGGUUUCGUUGUAGAGAACUUCUACCCAGAGAACCCUAAAUGGUUUGAUUCUCCCUGUGAACUGGACUCGCACACAGAUUGUGUUGACAGCCGAUUCAAGCCUGGGGAGAUUGUUUAGAGAUCUUACAGCUGGUGACCCACUCUAACUUAAUUUGAGUCUUUUUCGCUCCAUUUUUCAUGCCAUAAUGUUAGAGGUGGGUUGUAUAUUUGUGUAAACAAAAGGUUGAAAUAUCUGGCAGCCUCUUUGUUGUCUUUGCUGUUGUAUUUCUGUAAAGUACAGCCUGUGGGCUUCUUUGCACAUAGAUUAGAUAGUUACUUGACUUGUCAUAAAUUCUCAAAACUUAAACUUGGUUUCCGUAUCUGAGUUAGUGAUUACCUUUAUUA